AUGAGUCCAGCUCUAUUUUCGCCGACAAAGUUUACGUCGAAAAAGGCGCGAUACCCUGUCAAGGCAGUUCCACGAAACCAGCAAUUCUCGAGAGAGAACUCGUUAUUGAUGUCUGACGAUGAUUAUGAUCAGAAGGAAUCGAUAGCUGGGAGCGAUAUGUUUGGCCCAGAGGAUUCUAGAGUGAUGGUUCCUUACGGUGGUGCAGAGUCUGGCUACGGCGACUCCCUGUACAUUGGCGAGGAGGACGAGGAUUACGAAGAAGAAGAUGUCGCCAUCGAUGAAGAGCAGCUUGGUCCCGAAGUCGAUAGCUUCGCACGAUAUGUUGACUUAUAUCGACGGAAGUCUGACGAAGAUGGCAGAGAAUCUGCGUUAGAGCUUAUCGAUGGGUUCCUCAAGGAUACAGAAGAACACUACCUUCAGGCUCAAGGACGAACGAAUCAGUACUCCGGCGAUGACGACGAUGCUAUUCUGGAAAUAAUGACGGAAACGGCUUUCUAUAAGAUGGAGUACGAGACAUGGAACCUUGUCUCUCGCCUACUACCUGAACGGGGUGUUGAAUACACUCACACUUUGAGGACCGUCUCUGAGUAUGAAAGCAACGAAGUUCUACGACGACAGCUCUUGGACGAAUCACCGACAUUUCGAGAACUGAAUAUAAUUAGAGAUUGGCUCAGGUCGAUUGCGCCACACCCCGAGAUCCCAAACGAGGAUAUGGAAGACGACGAGGUCAUGGGUUCUGGACAUAUGUACACUCUAAAUGCUCUCAAGCAGUACAAAAGGGAUAAUAUGGAUCCUGAAGAAUUUGUUACGAAAGGACCAAACGCGCAAUUCGAGUACCCCGAACGAGGUAUCCCGUCGGCGGAAAACAAAUCCCAGCUCAUCACCACCGAACUGGAUCCCGAUGGCCCAAUUCGCCAAGAAAGAAAUGUUGCGGAGGGAGAUAAUUACUAUGAUACGACAUUUUAUAAAGUCCUAUGGGGGUUUAUCCGUAAAGGAGAUUUUGUCGGCGCUGCUGAAUGGUGCAGGAAGUGUGACCAGGCCUGGAGGGCACCUGUUAUGCUAGGUGGCAGGGAUGCUGUCGACUGGGUCAUUGAUGAGGAGGUCGCUGACGAUGAAAUGUAUGAUGCGUCGCCGGAACAAGGCCCCAGCGGCAAUCGUCGGAGGCAGCUAUGGAGGCGUGCGUGUUACGCGCUAGCGAGACGGAGUAGCAAGCGACCUGGUGAACUCUGGGAAAGAGCCGCCUACGGUUUACUGGCUGGUGACAUCGACUCGACUAUCCCCGCUUGUGACAAUUGGCACGACCACGUUUAUACUCAAGUCAAUGCAUUAAUAGAAGCGGAAUACGAAAACUUUCUUCGCAGGGAAGGGCGAGUAUCGGCUCAGGUACUCAAGCUUCCUGCCCCCGAUGCUUUGGAAACCUUGGGGACUAGGAAUUUGGUGGCAAAGAUCGUCGACAGCCUUUCCCGUCCGAAUGAUUUUAGAUUUGCCGCAUCGCCGCAAAAUACCGCUUUGCGAGCGGUGCAAGGGGCUAUCAUUUCGAAUCGGAUACCGAAACUUGUCAACAUUUUUGCCUUUCAAUUGGGGGAGUUCCGCAGGGACCCAGGAUACGAACCCGAGAAGGAUACAAAUACGCCAGUGGACUGCACUGAUUGGAAACUAUUGCGUAUAGUGACACAUCUCAUUAUCCUCCUGCAGCACCUGGGUCAGUGGCCCGAGUCUGGUCCUGAUGCCGAUGCUGCGCAGGAGGUAGUGGCUGGGUACAUUCGCAUGUUGGCGGCGGCUGAGAAGUAUGGAAUUAUUCCCCUGUACGCUUCUAGGCUGUCGCGAGACCGAUGUGUGGAGGUUAUGGGUGAGGUGCUUAUGCACGUCACCGAGGAGGCCACUCGUGAAGAUAUAAUCCGGUCUUUCCGAUCUUACGAUCUUGACACACAAGCUACGCUGAAGCGAACAAUGGAGAAUGCCUUCAUCCAGACCGAGGUAUUCUACAAACACGAGGAACUCCCAAUACAGAUACUUUCCGAGUUUUCAAUUCCCCAGCAAGAUCGCCGGAAGGUACAACCUGAGGAUGAGAAGCUCAUUCGAACGGCGGAAUGGAUGCUUCACUUAGAUGAGAUGAAAGAAGAUUUGAUCCAUGCUGGGGUGAUGAUGUUCAAGCGAUUUUACUUGACUGGCCGUUUAGAUGCCGCUCGAGCUCUUGCGGAGCGCAUACCCAGCAGCUAUAUCGUGUCUAGCGAGGACGAAGAAAACGAUGAUCUCCGCGAUGAAUACCAGGGAUUCGCUUCAGUCUACAUUGAAUAUGAAUUUCUAAUCGAAGGGUUGGAUGCUCUUGAUGAGUGGAGCAGGUUACUCGCAGCAGGAACCGCUACAAAACGUGAAGGUGGUAUUGCGGCUCUCCGGCGUGGAAAGUUCAAGGAUGAAUUGCAAAUUGCCUAUGAGAAUGCGGAGUCGAAGCUUGGAGUGCUAGUUAAUUCCUGGCUCGUUCAAUCUCAGCACCAUUCAGACGCAGAGCAAGUCAAGCACAUCCGAAACACAUAUGUUCCAGACAUCACUAUUGCCCUGCACAAUAUCCACCUUGCAGCUGGCCUUAACCUCAACAAAAGUUACUAUUCGAAAUGCCUUGAUCUUGCAGUCCUCGUGGCGAAGCCUAGUAGCGGCGUCGCAGAAACAUUUAUUGCAACAGGCAGAAUGGCGAAGUAUGUGGACGAGCUGGCGAAUGUGAGCUUAUUGUGUUUGCAGGCUGCGAAGGGCGCCAGCUUGGAACCGACCUUAGUUAAACCUGGACAAGAGUCUAAAGUUUCGAUCUGGAAUGUGAACACUAGCGCAACUCUAGCGAAGUAG